CUAAAAAAAAUAUUUCUGUGAAUUUGCGCCAUCUUUCGUUGAAGAGUUGUUUGUCACUGUCGUGUUCGAACGAUCAGUUAAAUUCACGGAAUUGGAAGUGAUUCAUAUUUUUAAACUACCUACGUGUCUUUUUUUGACUUGGUGUAUUUCACGUCGAUGUAACACAUAAAAGCGAGGAUAAGAUUUUAUAUUUUAAUUGAAAGAAUACCAUCGAAGGUUUUGUGUGAACGCUUGUCAUUUAAGAAGAAACAAAAUGAGUCUUCAGUGGACACUGAUCGCUACGUUUCUUUACGCUGAGAUAGCUUUUGUGUUGCUGCUUGUAUUGCCCGUUGCAUCGCCUCAACGGUGGCAGAAAUUUUUCAAGUCUCGUUUCUUACAGGCUUUGAGCAACCAAGCGUCCGUAUACUUCUUGGUUUUGUUGGCUGUACUCAUUCUUUUCUUCCUUGAUGCGAUCCGGGAAAUGAAGAAAUAUUCCAGUUCGGAAGUUGAAUCGGCACAUUCUCAUUUGGACGCAGAGAUGCAGGUAAACAUGAGAUUGUUCCGUGCCCAACGGAACUUCUACAUUUCCGGCUUUGCCCUAUUUUUGUCCCUCGUCAUCCGCCGGCUUGUGUUGCUGAUCUCGACGCAGGCGUGUCUUCUGGCCGAGAGCGAAGCCGCGAUGCGACAGGCAAAGUCUGCGACCACAGCGGCUCGCAGUCUUAUGGCACAGACCCAGACGAGCACGGCCCAGAACACCACCAACGAAGCACACGACAAGCAGGUCACGGAGCUCAAGGAGAAGCUAGCGAAGGCGGAGAAGGACCUGCAGAUCGAGAAGAAGGACAAGGAAGCCAUCAAGUUCCAGGCCGAAGCUGUGAGUGCAGAGUACGACCGUCUGUUGGAAGAGCACAGCAAACUACAAGCCAAGGCCGAAGUUGGUGAUGUGGAUAGGAAAAAAGAUGCUUGAAUUUGGUUUUUGUGUUCUUGAAUCUAAUUUAUCCAAUACUAUUUUUGAAGACUGUAAAUUUCUCUCUCUUAAUUAACUCACAAAGUAUGCUGUUGUGUGAAAGUCAUGCAGUAUUUUUUUAUCCCCAGGCUUAUGUUAUUAAAUGAAACUAUGUAACUAAUGCAGUUUGGGGUAGCAAGAGUUUUAAGUAUGAGCACUUAAGCAUUUUAACUUCCCAGUAUAGGUAUUGCUUUAAAUGUAUUGUUUCUAAUUUAUUAAUAUUGUAUUUCAGAAAUGCUAAUUUCUUGGGUUGUUUGUUUGGAAUUGCUUACAUUGUAAGUGAUAACAUUUUUGUGCCUAAAUGGUUUUUUUGUUAGGUCUUGUGAAAACAAUUUUGGUUAGCAAAGAAGUUUGUUGUAUUUGGGUAUGUCACAAAACUAGACUGAAAUAAUUUGGGAAUAUGUAAUUAAUUAUUAUUUGCUUUUUAUUAGUACCUGUGUUUAAUGUUUAUAUAGUAACAUCUGUAAAUUAUGAAUGAUCGUAAAGUGAUCUGAUUUCUUGUUAAUAUUCACACAUGUGAUGAUACUAUAAUAAACAUGUUAAAUAUG